ACAAUUUCAUUUGCCUUCGCGCUGAUUCCCGUACAGUGCUAAGAGAGAAAUAACCGGAAUAAUUAAAUACAUUUAAUCGUGCUUCGAGCGUAUUUUAUUGCUAAAAAGCUCUAAAUUAGCAGAAAUAUUUGCAGUUCAAGAUGGGCCGCACAAGCAAAAGCAAAAGUAAGAACGAAAAGGACCUUAGCGACUCCAAUCCGAGUGGAAGUGAAGAUGAGAGUGAAGACUAUGUCGUGGAGAAAAUUGUAAACAGGCGUGUGAACAAGGGAAAAGUUGAAUAUUUAUUAAAAUGGAAGGGAUAUGAUGAAAGUCAAAACACCUGGGAACCAAAGGAGAACUUGGAGUGUCCAGAGCUAAUUAAAGAGUUCGAGGAUAAACGUAAGAGUGGCAAAGAAAAAGAAAAGGAAAAAGAAAAAGAUUCCAAGCCCACAAAACGCAAGACUGAUGAAGCACUAGGCACGUCGGAUGAUGAAAAAGAGGCAAAAAAACAAAAGUCCAACAACAAGAAUAGUGUCGGGUCUAAAAACAAAGAAAACAAUACAAAAGACAAGAGUGAUGAGGAAAUCGAAGAGGGCAAAACAGGAUUUGACAUGGGCUAUGUACCCGAAAAGAUCAUUGGUGCAACAGACCAAGACGGAAAGCUAUUGUUCCUAGUACAAUGGAAGGGAAAGAAUAAGGCGCAACUUGUCGAAUCCAAAAUCGCCCGCAAACAUUGUCCAGAUCUCGUCAUAGACUUUUACGAAGCGCGGCUCACCUGGCAACAGGACUAAUUUGCUCUCGAAAAACAUCUCUUUUUCAUCUUCAAUUAAUCCAAAAUUAAAUUAACCAUAAAUUAAUUAAAAAUAAAAAUUAAUUAAAAUAAACGGUUUGUUCUAUAUUUUUCAUCAAGCAAAAACUAUGGUUUAAAAAUAAUUAUUAUGUACGAUGUAGCUAUUAAUUAUAUGAAAAUAAAAAACAUAAGAG